UACAGCAGUUCAAGUUGUUCAGCCGAAUCAGUCGAGCAAUAAGGACGUCAUAGUAGAUGAUGGUAUUCCAGAUGUGUCCACAUAUCACUUGUAAUGCGAUCAUACAGGGCACAACCAAAUGUUUAGAACAUCGCCGAAAACACAGUGAAUCAUUUCGUUAUCAUUGCAAGCAGCUCGGUUAUGGGGAAGCAUUUCACAAUCAUUCAUCAUCAUUUUUUCCACACAAGGAAGAGCAUCAACCUAAAUUUAAAAGUGCGGUAUUUCCUCGAGCCACAAGAGACCACUGAAUAGGCACAAGGAAGAUUCCUGCAUAGCUUCUCUUGAGUUUUGGAAACUCAGCAGAAUUUUUCGCAUUUUUAUAAAAUAUGUUACGAAAUAUUUGUGACCGUG